AUGUCUACCCCAGAAAGCGGCAGUAAUUUGUCGUCGAGCGACAUCGGCAGCAACAAUAGUAGGCUCCCCACGGAGCCUGCAGCGGUUCCCUUUGAUGAAGAGAACCACCAUACCGAGAGAACUACAGCCCUGGAGCCAAAGCCACCGAGAGUGCACUUUCGGUCAUCUGCAAACACUGGCGCCUCCCGCGAUGCAGCUCGGCAAUCGACCUUGAAAGACUCUCCCCCUGGAUGGGAUGAUUCCCGAAGAGAGGAUCAGCCUCACAACCCCAUAAGACCAUACACCCAUGAAUCCGCGGACGUUGCCGACACACCAUUGGGUAGUCAAGCACCGCUCACCUCCCAGGCUGAUGGCGUGGCCCCCGAUGAAAAAGUGCCAGAUGAGCAAAUACCAGAAACAACCAACAACAAUAAUAUCAAAACUCUCCCAAAUACCCUCAACUUUGACAAUGCGAAGACUCGACUUCGUUCUGCAAAAGCGAACUUGAAACAAAAAACGCGAAACUUGGGUGAGCGGCUGGGUCGGCCUACACACGGAGGCGAUGAUCUUGGAUCGGGUAUGUACCAAGCAGACUGGGCCACUGGUAGUGAACCUCCGCUGUCAGACGUGACAGACGAUAAACAUAAGACUUAUGAGCAGAAGCGUCAGCAUCAAGCCACAAGUAGCUCCGAGGCUCAUCGACUCGUACGCGAUUUAACGCAGGAUCAUUCCGCGAAGCGCCGAAAGACCCGUGGACGGCCUUACCCACAUACCGGUACGGAGUCAGUUGGAGGUGAAAAUGAAUCAAGCUUAGAAUCCAACCUACGAUAUCGAUCUGGUGGCGGUGGAGUUUUAUCUCAACUGAUCAAACUGAACGGUGGAUCGCAGCAACAAGGGAGAGGUUCUCGAACUUCUAGUAAGUCAUCAAUGGAAUCCACAUCAAGUACAGCAUCGUCUACGGGUUCCGGCACAACGACGCCAAAAAAAGAUAGGCCCAAAUGGUACAAAAAGCCGCCUAACACGUCAACUUCCACACUGAUUGGGGCAUCGGGUGUUAUGAGUGGAGCGAGCACACCGGUUUCCAGUGAAGUAAUGUCGGCUGCAUCAAAAAGGCAGGGCAAGCAAUCUGACCGCAAGGCGCGACGUGAGGACGAAAUUCGGAUUACCAUCCAUAUCGCAGAGAUAAUCUGUCGCCAGCGAUAUAUCAUGCAACUCUGUCGGGCACUUAUGUCAUUUGGAGCACCAACGCAUCGAUUAGAGGAGUAUAUGCAGAUGACAGCCAAGGUUCUCGAGGUUGAUAGUCAAUUCUUAUAUCUACCAGGAUGUAUGAUCAUGUCAUUUGAUGAUCCGUCCACGAGAACGACCGAAGUGAAGCUUGUACGAGUUGCACAGGGAGUGGAUCUAGCGCGUCUAUCAGAUACCCAUCUUAUUUAUAAGAAUGUGAUCCACGAUGUUAUUGGAAUUGCGGAAGCGGUCCAAGAGUUGGAUGAUGUGAUGAAAAAGAAGCCACGCUAUCCGAAAUUCGUUGUGGUUUUAAUAUAUGGAUUGGCAACAGCAACAGUCGGACCCUUUGCAUUCAAUGCGCGACCCAUUGAUAUGCCGAUUAUAUUUAUCAAUGGAUUACUUGUUGGGGCUAUGCAACACCUUGCAGCACCUCGGUCGGUACUAUACUCGAAUGUAUUCGAAGUAACUUCGACUGUGUUAACCUCCUUUCUGGCCCGCGCAUUCGGCAGCAUUCCACAGUCUGUCGUCGAUGGUAAGAGGCAGUACUUAUUCUGUUUUUCGGCUAUUGCGCAAGCUUCGAUCGCCUUGAUUUUACCUGGGUUCUUGGUGCUCUGCAGCAGUUUGGAAUUGCAAUCCCAUCAAAUUAUUGCUGGCUCGAUUCGGAUGGUGUAUGCCAUUAUUUUUUCUUUGUUUAUCGGGUAUGGAAUCACGGUCGGUACUACAAUAUACGGCCUGUUAGACAAAGGAGCCGUGUCAGACCUUAACUGUCCCCAGCGGGGCGCAUUUCCCAACCCAUAUGUUGCCCGUUUUCCAUUCGUGGCCAUUAUGACUGUCUGGCUUCUGAUUAUCAAUCAAGGUAAAUGGAAGCAGUUGCCACCGAUGACAAUUAUCGCGUUGUCGGGAUACACAACAAACUACUUCAGUACCAAGAGGCUGGGGUCGAAUUCUCAAGUUGCUAAUACUGUUGGUUCAUUUACUGUGGGUAUCAUGGGCAAUCUUUACAGUCGGCUGUGGCACGGCCAUGCGGCUACUGCAAUAUUACCUGGGAUCUUUAUUCUCGUGCCUUCUGGACUUGCGGCCACGGGUUCCUUGAUCACGGGAGUACAGUCUGCAGAUGAAAUUCGCCAGAACGUUUCAUCUCAUUCUUCGCCAAGUAACACACCAGGAGCAGGGUUGUCGAAUACCUCAGUCUUUACAUUGGGAUUUGGUAUGAUCCAGGUAGCAAUCGGCAUUACGAUUGGAUUGUUUAUAGCAGCACUGAUUGUUUACCCAUACGGAAAACGAAGGAGCGGGCUGUUCAGCUUUUAA